ACUGUAGUACAGUACACUGGCGGGUGGAGAGGAGAGGAGAGGCGGGCUGCUGCUCUGGCUGUGCAGGAAGACAACAAGCAGCUCUUUCCACAGCGUCUGUAGACGUCUUCAUGUGUUUCUAUUUGCUCCCAACGAGUGCCGACGUCGCCUUUUCUCUGUAGCUGGUUGUCGUGUCUCCAUAGGAUGUGUACCCCGUGUUGUAUCUCGCAGCUUGCCUGCUGCUGUGGCUCCGCAGCCUGCUCAUGCUGCUGUAAUUGCUGCCCGAAGAUAAAACAGUCCACAGCAACCCGAUUCAUGUAUACCCUGUUCUUUCUUCUGGUCACUGUCGUUUGUGUCGUCAUGAUGUCCCCCACAGUUGAGGAACAGAUGAAAAAUAUCCCCUUCUACAGUGAAUUGUGUGACAAGUUGAAUGCAGGGAAGAACUGCAAGACCCUGGUUGGUUACUCCGCUGUCUACAAGGUGUGCUUUGGCAUGGCCUGUUUCUUCUUCAUCUUCUCCAUCUUCACCAUAGGCGUCAAUAAAAGUACUGGCUGGAGGGCGGCCAUACAUAACGGGUUCUGGUUCCCAAAAUUUGUUUUGCUUGGGGCCAGUUGCGCCGGAGGAUUCUUCAUUCCACAAGAGGAAACUUUCCUGGAAGUGUGGCGCUAUAUCGGAGCUACCGGUGGCUUCAUUUUCCUGCUGAUCCAGCUCAUGCUGCUGGUGGAGUUUGCCCACAGAUGGAACACAAAUUGGAGCUCAGGAGUGAAGUAUAAUCGCUUAUGGUAUGCGGCGCUAUCUUUGGUGACUCUGGUGCUCUUCAGCAUUGCGGUGGGAGCUGUGGCCUUUAUGGCUAUGUACUACACUCACCCCACGGCAUGUCUGCUCAACAAGGUCUUCCUGGGCAUCAAUGGCAGCCUAUGCCUUCUCGUGUCAAUGCUCGCCAUCUCUCCUGUCAUUCAGAAACUCCAGCCCAAAUCUGCCCUACUCCAGCCAGGAGUUAUCAGUGUUUACGUCAUGUACCUCACCUUCUCAGCCUUCUCCAGCAAACCAAAAGAAAUGGUGGAGAACGACGGCCUGAACACAACCGUUUGUGUUUUCCCUUUCAAUACUGGGAAGGAAAGUGACAAGAAGAUCGUCACCACUCUGGGAGCCAUUAUCAUGUUUGGCUGCAUCCUAUACUCCUGCCUGACGUCGACAAUUAAGCGAAGAUCCGCAGCACUCCGAGUAUACAGGAACAGUGAACCAGAGACUGAAAGAGCCCGUUGCUGCUUCUGCUAUGGGGAUGACACAGAUGACUACGAUGAAGAGAAGACAGGCCCAGGGCAAAAAGUCGUGUAUGAUGAAAGCGAGGCAACAACUUACAGCUACAAGUAUUUCCACUUUGUCUUCUUCCUGGGUUCGCUUUAUGUCAUGAUGACCAUCACCAAUUGGUUCCACUAUGACAACUACAGAAUUGAGAAACUGUUGGACGGUAGCUGGUCCGUGUUCUGGAUCAAGAUCUCCUCCUCAUGGGUCUGUCUCCUGCUUUACUUCGCCACUCUCGUUGCUCCGAUGAUAUGCCCUAAGCGCUUUGAGGCCUAGGACAUGGUCUCCCCACUUGGGUCAGGGGACUUUUAAGUCAAGAGGUGCCCAUGUAGCUUUGAGGAUCAGCCAAGGGACCAGUGAUGUUCUUUUUAAAAAAAAAAUUUCUACCCUGAACCAGUGUCCUCUGCUGUACCCAGCUUUGGACUUGAGGAGCAUCUGAUGCCUUUUUUAAGUCUUAUGUGUUAGGCUGUUGAUGCCUUGACGGUAUUUUUUUCCCGAUACUUUUUUACAGUUUCUGUUAAUAGACAGUUUUUGUUACAAUCUCAUUAUAAAAGGUCAUACGAUUUUGUUAACUCAUAGGAUACAUUAAUUCAUUGGCUGCCAUUAACUGUGAUAGACAGCCAAUACAUUGGUCAUGUCAUUCUAUACCAUGUGUAUUAUUAUUGUUGUUGGUUUUUUUUUUUUGAGACCCUUUGUGAGGGAAUAUGUGAAAGCUUGAUUACAUUCUACAAAUUCAUCUCUCAGGCUUACACGCAAGUAUGCUUUGUUAUAUUGUGUGUCCUUUUGUAGAUGUUUUUUUAUGAAGGCAAAAAAAAAAAAAGCUCUUGUUUUAGGAUAUUUCAGGUUUUGUCGAUCUCAGUGCUCCCUUUGAGCAAAAUCUUUUUUGGUAGAAAAACUGUCGAGUGUAAGCAAGCCAACCCUAUUUAACAUUGACAGUCGUAGAUGAUGUUCUCACUAUAAAACAUGCGGCCGUUUGCCAAAGUAUUCGGCAAAACACUAAACUCUACAUUGCAAAUGUAUUAACUCGAAGGUAUUUUCAUUCCAUUUUCAUUUUAACGCAGCCACUUACACUAAAGGCGUUUUUAAUCGAUUCAACACUGGAUGUUGAAUAAAGUUACGGUCACGCAAAUGCUUGACGACAGUUGUUUUUCCUUACACUUCCAGUAAACUAUUGUUUUCCUAAUAAAUUGAUUUUUAGUAACUUAUGUACAUUUAUGCUCAUAUUGUAUUGUGGAAAUAAUAAUCAUUAAAAUGACCUUUUUUUAAGCCCUUCACAUUGUU